AUGACCGCCGUUCUCUCAGGAGGUGUGCAGCUGUUUCUGCCGCUGCAUAACAACGACCAGAUGCCAGAAGGCGUGAACGACGUAUGGCGCCGACAGCAGUACCAUCAGAUGUCCCUGCCAGCCAUUAACAACUACUGGCCUGACGGCCACGCCACGGCGAUGGGCGGCAUGUCCGACAUGGACCUCAGCAGAUUCCAUGCAGAGUCUGGCGAUUAUGAGAACACCUUUCAUCACGAUGCUGCGUCACUGAUCUCUCAGCCGAUGGGCUACGUGCCUGACGCCAAUUGGGGAUCGGACAUGGACAUCGGCACGCCCUCCACCACUGCCGGGUUCCCGAACGAUGCCAUGGACGGCUAUCAUCAUAUGCCGCAUACCAGCAAUCCCAACCAUCACCUGAACCUCGCCCAACGACAUGAACACAACUCCUCCGUGCAGAGCCCCCAGAGCUCGCAUGACUCUGGCAUCAGCCCGCAUCUAUCGUAUGCCCAACCCCCAGACGCCGUGAUCAAAGAAGAGAGACCGUGCCUUACCCGGUCCAUCACCGCCCCCGCAGCACCAGAAGUCCGUCAACGAAGGGGCACCGUCAUAGCCUGCUCAGGUACUUCCUCCGUCAAAAGAUCCGGCAGCGAGAACGAAGACGACGAGUACAUGCCCAGCGAGGAAGCCAAACCCCGCGGCCGAAAGCGCCAACGCAUCCCCCACACGGCCGUCGAGCGACGAUAUCGCGAGAACUUGAACGCCCAUUUGGACAAGCUGCGUCAGACCGUGCCCUCGCUGGCAUCGAAGCGACCAGCGGGGAACUCGAAAAUGGGAGACGGCAUGGGAGAAGGCGUGAAGCCGAGCAAGCUUUGA